AAGAUAUUAUAGAAAAUAGGGAUUUUUUUUUCCUAUAUAAAUCACCUUCGCCUUUCAUGCAAUUCUCGCCCGCUUUGCUUUCUUUCCAGCCUUUCCUUCUAUUGCCGUUAGGUAUCCGUUAGCUCUUAUUCUUUGAUUUUUCCGUUUUAGGGUUUGUUGCUUCCCCUCUUCCUUCCUUUCCUUUCUAGAUCGAUCUCACCGCUCCACCGCUCCAUCCAGCCUCUCGUUUCCGGAUUCGCCGGCAAUCAAAAGCCCUCCCACCCCGUUUUGUUCCGUCCAUUACGGACCUUCUUCUCCUUCAGCCAUCUAACCGAAGACGUCUCCUGACUGUCAGGCGUGGGGAUUUCUGAGAUCCACAAAGGCGAACUAGGGUUUCUUUCCCCUUUCCAAGUUCUUCUCUGCUUCUUUUGGGGGGGUAGCCGGGGCUCCGGCCUCGGCGGCUUUUAAAGCCCCCUUUCUCACAAACACGGGAUCUUGAAACCCUAGAUUUUUUCUCCUUCUCUUCCUCUCCUUCUCCUCUUUCAGAUCUGGGAAGAGAUGCCUGCCCUGGCGAGUUUCGUAGAUGCUGCCGCAUUCCCUCCUGGCUACCCCGCUCUCGCCGGGGAUUGCUCUCUUUCCCAGCAGCUGCCGGAGACAUUCUCCGGCGCCGCUCCGACCGCCGUCCCCGCCUCCGAUUGGUCCACCUCCCUCUCCGCCUCCAUCUACAAGAUCGACGGCUGGGGCGCUCCCUACUUCUCCGUCAACUCCUCCGGCAACAUCUCCGUCCGUCCCUUCGGGGCCGCGACGCUCCCUCACCAGGAGAUCGAUCUCAUGAAGGUUGUCCGGAAGGUGUUUGAUUCAAAGCCCUCCGGCGGGCUCGGGAUCCCGCUCCCGCUCAUCAUCCGCUUUCCUGAUGUCCUCAGGCACCGGCUCGAAUCCCUGCAGUCGGCGUUUGAAUCUGCGAUCCGAUCGCAGGGUUAUGAGUCUCAUUACCAGGGCGUCUAUCCGGUGAAAUGCAAUCAAGAUCGAUUCAUCGUCGAAGACAUUGUGCGGUUCGGAUCGCCUUUCGGGUUUGGCCUUGAGGCCGGAUCAAAGCCUGAGCUCCUGCUCGCCAUGAGCUGCCUCUGUAAGGGCAGCCCCGAUGCUUUUCUGAUCUGUAACGGAUACAAGGAUUCGGAGUAUGUUUGGCUCGCUUUGAUGGCGCGAAAGAUCAAUCUCAAUACGGUUAUUGUUCUUGAGCAGGAAGAAGAGCUUGAUCUUGUGAUUGAUAUCAGCCAUCGGAUUGGCGUCCGCCCCAUCAUUGGUCUGCGUGCGAAGCUCCGGACCAAGCAUUCUGGCCAUUUCGGAUCAACUUCUGGCGAGAAAGGAAAGUUUGGAUUGACGACUGUUCAGAUUCUGAGCGUUGUUAAGAAGCUUGAGAAGCUUCAGAUGCUGGAUUGUCUCCAGCUCCUGCAUUUCCACAUUGGAUCUCAGAUUCCGACUACUGCUCUUCUUGCCGACGGCGUUGGCGAGGCCGCACAGAUCUACUGUGAACUUGAGCGGCUCGGUGCCGGGAUGCGCGUCAUUGACAUUGGCGGCGGACUCGGGAUUGACUACGAUGGCUCGCGAUCAGGAUCCUCUGAUAUGUCGGUUGGGUAUGGGCUCGAGGAGUAUGCGGCUGCCGUUGUGCAGGCGGUCCGGUAUAUGUGCGACCGGAAGUUCGUUAAACACCCGGUGAUAUGCAGUGAGAGCGGUAGGGCACUGGUGUCGCACCAUUCGAUCCUCGUCUUCGAGGCGGUCUCUUCAACUCUGCCGGUGUCUCCACCGCCCGGUCUUGAUCUUGCUUAUUUCGUCGAACAGCUGGCAGACGACGCCCGUGCGGACUACCGGAACCUAAGAGCUGCGGCACUCCGUAGCGAAUACGAUACGUGUCUGAUCUAUGCUGAGCAGCUUAAGCACCGCUGCGUUGAUCAGUUCAAAGAAGGGUCGCUGGGCCUAGAGCACCUCGCAGCCGUUGAUGGCCUCUGUGAAUGUGUGUCGAAGGUGAUCGGGAUGUCUGAUCCGGUCCGUACCUAUCACGUGAACCUUUCGCUCUUCACGUCGAUCCCGGAUUUUUGGGCGAUUGGGCAGCUCUUCCCGAUCGUCCCGAUCCACCGCCUGGACGAGCGUCCUGGUGUGAAGGGUGUUCUAUCGGAUCUAACAUGCGACAGUGAUGGGAAGAUCGAUAAGUUCAUUGGUGGGGAAUCAAGCCUGCCGCUUCAUGAGUUGGAUGGAGUGGCCGGGAAUGGUGGUGGUGGCGGCGGCGGCAAUGGCGGGGGCUAUUAUCUGGGGAUGUUCCUGGGCGGGGCUUACCAGGAGGCGCUCGGGGGCCUGCACAAUCUCUUCGGUGGGCCGAGCGUGGUGCGCGUUUCGCAGAGCGAUGGCCCGCAGAGCUUUGCGGUAACGCGGGCGGUGCCAGGGCUGGCCUGUGCGGACGUCCUCCGUGUGAUGCAGCAUGAGCCCGAGCUCAUGUUCGAGACUCUCAAGUGCCGGGCAGAUGCGUACGGUGGUGGCGGUGUUGAAGGUAUGGAGGCCAUGGUGGCCGGGCUGGCCCGCGCCUUCCAUUCAAUGCCGUACCUGGCCAGUUCCAUGGUCGAGAAAACUGGUUAUUGGAUGAAUGGUCAGGAUGAAUCUGCUGGUGGUGGGGAAGAAUGGACGUACUGCUGCGCUUGAGAUGAUGAUGGUGUUUGUUGCAUCCCCAGUUCCAGAAAGCCUCUGCUGCUGUUGUUUGCUUCUUUUUUUUUUUUUCUGAAAGUAGGAGAAGAGAAGGAGAAGAAGGUUGUGUUUGCUUAGGAGUAUGAUAUCUUUGUUUUCGUAUUUUUAAUUUCAAUUUUAGGGCUUUUAUUUUAAUUUUUCUUUUAUGAUGUACUAAGGGAAGAAGUUAUAGCCUCUUUGAAGAAAUUAGGGAACUGGGGCCGUAAAUUCAAGAAUCUUAUUCUGUCUUUUUCUUUA